GGCGCUCAGCGGAGGGUGAGGCGGCUCCGCGACUCACUGACGCCAGGCCGAGCAGACCCAAGACAGGCAGAGAGAGCACACAGGAGGAGACACAGAGAGAGACUGAGAGCGCUGCAGAGAAAGAAAAAGUUACUGUCAAGAGGACCUGAUCUUUCUUCUUAGAAGCUGAGGAUAAUCCGAAAAGGACAAUAAAAGGACUUCAAAAGGACACACACUCAUAGCAUUUCACUCUCUUCUAACACUGGACUGUCUCCCACCACUGCUCACUCUACUUUUGGACAGAAAGGAGAGGGGAGGAGGGCGGCUCGUCCAACAUGAACGUCACCUCGCUCUUCUCCUUCACCAGCCCAGCCGUCAAGCGCCUGCUGGGUUGGAAGCAGGGAGACGAGGAAGAGAAAUGGGCGGAAAAGGCUGUGGAUGCUCUGGUUAAGAAACUGAAAAAGAAGAAGGGAGCCAUGGAGGAGCUGGAGAGGGCUCUCAGCUGCCCGGGUCAGCCCAGUAACUGUGUGACAAUCCCCCGCUCCCUGGAUGGACGGCUGCAGGUGUCCCAUAGGAAAGGCCUGCCACAUGUAAUCUACUGUCGGGUGUGGCGCUGGCCUGACCUGCAGUCCCACCAUGAGCUGAAGGCCCUGGAGUGCUGCGAGUACCCCUUUGGCUCCAAACAGAAGGAUGUGUGUAUCAACCCCUACCACUACAAACGAGUGGACAGUCCAGUGUUGCCCCCUGUGUUGGUACCGAGGAACAGCGAGUUCAAUGCCAAGCAUACAAUGUUGCCUCGCUUCCGCAACCCUCUACAACAGAAUGAGCCGCACAUGCCGCAGAAUGCCACCUUCCCAGAAUCCUUUGCUCAGGCCAACACGAUGCCCCCCAAUUUCCCCCACUCACCGGGAAACAGCUACCCAAACUCGCCGGGAAGCGGCAGCAGCAGCGCCACCUUCCCUCAUUCACCAUCCAGCUCUGACCCCGGCAGUCCAUUCCAGAUGCCAGAGACUCCCCCUCCUGCCUACAUGCCCCCAGAGGAGCAGAUGACUCAGGAUUGCCCCCAGCCAAUGGACACCAACCUCCUGGCUCCACCCUUGCCUCUAGAGAGUAACAACCGGCCAGAUGUGCAGCCUGUGGCCUACGAGGAACCCAAGCACUGGUGCUCUAUUGUUUACUACGAGCUCAACAAUCGAGUGGGCGAGGCGUUCCAGGCAUCCUCCACCAGCGUGCUCGUCGAUGGCUUCACAGAUCCCUCCAACAACCGCAACCGAUUCUGCCUCGGCCUGCUCUCCAACGUCAACCGCAACUCCACCAUUGAGAACACCCGGCGGCACAUCGGCAAAGGUGUCCAUCUGUACUACGUCGGUGGGGAGGUGUACGCAGAGUGUCUGAGCGAUAGCAGUAUCUUCGUCCAGAGUCGUAACUGUAACUACCACCACGGCUUCCAUCCCACGACUGUGUGUAAGAUUCCCAGCGGCUGCAGCCUGAAAAUCUUCAACAACCAGGAGUUUGCUGAGCUGCUGGCUCAGUCUGUCAACCACGGCUUCGAGGCUGUUUAUGAGCUCACCAAGAUGUGUACCAUCCGCAUGAGCUUCGUAAAGGGCUGGGGAGCAGAGUACCACCGCCAGGAUGUGACCAGCACACCCUGCUGGAUUGAAAUUCACCUGCACGGUCCCCUGCAGUGGUUGGAUAAGGUGCUAACCCAGAUGGGUUCCCCUCACAACCCUAUAUCCUCCGUCUCCUAGGCUUCACUGUCCUCAGCCCUGUGGCUGUCCAUACCCCAGCAUUUUGGUCUAAGUAGCAGGAAUAGGGUUGCAGAUUGGGUCGUGCUUCAGCCAGUCCGUCUUUUUCCCGAUAACUGAUGGACGUUUUGACUGAAACACAAGCUGAUCUGGGACCAGUAGGGCUGGGCUGGUUGUUUAAUGGGUCGGUUUGUUCUCUACUUGAAGGAUGUCUGAAUUGGGCACAUUUACAGUCUGGGAGAGGAGUAAGUAAAGUGAGCGUGAUGCAACUGGAAGAUACUUGAUCUUUGUGACCAACUGUAAUAAUUAGACCAUCACACUCAUCAUGACGCAAGUAUCCUCCCUGAUCUUGCUCCAACAACGUCUCUUUUUCAUUGUUCUAUUAUUCUGACUCAUUACUAGUUUUCAUCUAAAUAUUCCCUCUGAAAUCAAAAUAUACAUGUGUAGUUACGAUAAUUAUGGGACAUUCCAGGUCGCCAAAAUUGCAGUCGGCUGCCGUCUACCGCCUGACUGCAACGAGGUUGGCAUGAAAUGUACUUAUGACAUGUAAAAAAGUUAGCAGGGACUUGGAGGGUGACCAGUGUGACUGAAAAUGUUUAAUCAUCUCCAGGUUCCUAAAAAAAGUAUGCCAUUUCCUCAAAGUAUUCUUUUUUAGGAGAAUAAAUUAAAGCAGUACAAAGUUGUUGAAAAAUAAAAGUCCAUAUAUCACAGAUCAUGAAAAUAAUAAGAGGGCAAAAUUAGGGGGAGUUUGAGAGUUUAGAGGGGUUUAGUGUGGGCAUGGCACUAAAAGGGCAUUUCAGACUAUUCAGAAAAAAAUGUUUAAAUGUUGCUCAUCUUGUGUUACACUCGUGUUUCAAAUCAGUUUUAAGAAAAAAAAAGAAUAGUGUUUAGAUAUAUUCACUAUUAGAAUAUGUGCUGUGCAGUCUGGUUUUUGCAAAGCAUAGUUUGGUUAGUGUAGUGUUACACAUUUAAGACUGGUAGCUGAACACCACAUGACGCAGAGGCAAAUGACAAGUGCAGUUUAGUUGCUGUGAAAUCUGCAGCAAAAUCAAAUGUGUCAAAUACAGAGUCACGUCGAGGACAAAUAUUUGAGUGACUGUUCUUCAUUCUCGUAUUACAUCAACUGAGCAAACUUUGUUAAAUGACUUAUGGGAAAAUGUUGAGCAUUCAAAUUUUAAUUGUUGACUGAGAAAAGGGUAUCAGUUACUGGUGUCCCAGUAUGAUUUUUUUUUUUUUUUUUUAUAAAAUGCAGAUUUUGCCAUUGAGUUCUUUUAUGCUUUGAGCAAUCCUCUUUGCUAUUAAACUGUAUUACUCUUUACAUUCUUUUUGUAUUUUUUGAACAUGUUUUUUGUUUUGUCUGCACUUUCACACAUUGCCUCUCUGUUUUUUGUUUUUUUUUCCUCCUUCUCUGUGUUUUUUUGCUCAGUAAAACUCCCAGAAAAGCAGUUUUAUUCCAUGAAUAUCAAGCCUCUACUGGAAGAUUCAAUAAAUUUGUUUCAU